AUGUCCACACAGACAGAUACCGAGAUUGUGGAAGUCAAGGAUGAUAUUAUGCCAGUCUUUGACAAGAGUCCAGACUUGCGCUUCAAGGCCAGCCUGAGCUCGAACGGCCAGAUGGUGGAGCACAAGGAACAUCUUACUCCACCAGAAACACCUGUCGAGUACGUCCACCACGAGCCGGAAUUGCAAUGGGUCAAGAUUAGGCGGCAUCUACAGGACCCUUUCGCAGAGUUCUUUGGCACAAUGGUCAUGAUCUUGUUUGGCGAUGGUGUCGUCGCACAAGUCAUUCUUAGUGGUCAAACAAGAGGCGAUUAUCAGAGCAUCUCCUGGGGCUGGGGGUUGGCCGUCAUGAUCGGAGUAUACGUCGCAAAGAAGAGCGGAGGUCACCUCAACCCGGCCGUCACACUGUCCAACUGUGUCUUCCGCGGAUUUCCCUUCCACAAAUUCCCCAUCUACUUCAUGGCGCAGCUUCUUGGUGCCAUGGCCGGGGCAUUCAUAGUAUAUUUCAACUACAGGCUGGCUAUAGACAACUUCGAGGGCGGUCCGGGCGUGCGUACAGUUGGCGGCAACACCUCGAGCGCUGGUGUCUUUUGCACAUACCCGGCCCCUUUCAUGACAAGAGGUCAAAUGUUCGUGAGCGAGUUUGUGGCCAGCGCUAUACUCAUGUUCAACAUCUUUGCCUUCGUUGACGCUGGUGCUGGGGACUUGAUUCCCCUCUGCCUCUUCUUCCUCAUCUUUGGCAUUGGCGCCUGCUUUGGUUGGCAGACAGGCUAUGCCAUCAACCUGGCGAGGGACUUUGGGCCCAGGCUCGUGUCUUUCAUCCUAGGCUACGGCAGUGACGUCUGGUCAGCCGGUGGCUACUACUUCUGGAUUCCCAUGGUAGCACCUUUCCCAGGGUCUAUGGAUAUGACAUACAGGUGCGACUCGAUGCUACAACUACAGACUAUUUAA